UCUCCAACUUUAAUUUUAUUUAACCAUGACAUUAUUCAUACGAACGAACAAAAAACAAUGCUCUAUGUGUCCACGCGCCAUUGAAAAAGUACAAAAAUGUACAAAGAGAGGGGAGCAUCUGGUGUGGUGAAUACAUUUUCUGGUUCAAUUCGUAUUAAGGUUCUCUUUGUUAUAACUAUUCCAAGAGUAACGUGUUCAACUCACUUCACAGUACAUGCAUACCCAUCAAAAUAGAUAUAUAAAUAUAUAUAUAUAUAUUAAUAUAUACAUAUAUUAAUGCGUUACUGCUUAUAUAUGUGUAUGAGAAGAACAUUUCAUUUUAUAUUACGACUCCCAUACAAAUGUUGCAAAUAAAAAAGCCCAGUGCUGUAGAUUCUAGAGGGGAAUUACCAUUUUGUAAUCCGCGUGCCAUUGAAGCUGUAGAGCCGAAUUUCGGAAUCAUCAUUUUACUUUAAGAAUACAAAAAUGUAUUAUCUCAUGUUGAAGCUCCAUGUUAGAAUUCAGAUCAUUGGAAUGCAACGAAUGGUUAAAUCAAACUUUUCAACAUUCGUCGGCAUAUUCAGAAACGAAAACCCCUGAAAAUCUUUAUUGGCAUUUUCAUUACAAAUCAGUGGAUUCAGUUUAGAAAAAAAAUUACAACAUUUGAAAAAUCAUUUAGGACAAAUGACGAAAUUCCAUUGCAUUCCAAUGAUGAAAGUCGAAUAUUUCAUUCAAGAAUUAUUGGCGACUGUGUGAUUUUGCUAUUGUUUUCACAUUGAAAUAAUGAGCUUUUUGAAUGUCGAAUAUCGAAUGUAACAGCAAAUUAGAAUUCAAUUAAUCGAUGCCAAAUUUAGUGGUAAAUGUUUUUAUGCGAGCUGUGUUCGGCUAUUUUCGAAGUGACACAAUUUCUCACUGAAAUAAAUCGUCCGCAGACGUCGAAUGAUAACAACGGGAAAAGUUUCAUUAUUGGAUUCGUAUGCAAAUUAUUAAUUUUACGACGUCUAACGAGAGCAUUUUUCCUUGGCCGAUUUCGAAUCUAUUUUACGUUCACAUGAUUCAUUAAAACUCAUGACAGUGAGUCUGUUGGUAUAUUUGAAAUUGGACUCCAGUUGUACGAAUCGAUUUUUUUUUCGACUCCCGUUUGCACAGUCGAGCGUUAGUAUAAAAGCGAAAAUAGAAAACAAUCUUUAUAAUUUUAAGGUAUCUCGAUAGGCCGACUUAAGACUGGAAAUGAGUGAUUUUAAAGUAUAUUUUCUGAAUUUUCAAACGACAAUCGAACACCAAAAAUUGAAUCCUGUCAUCAGGAACCUUUGCGAAUAACAUUUCAUCUUUGGAAUUGUUUGUGUAGCUUUAAAUUGCCUUAUUUUGAGGGUUCGAGUGUUAUAAUAAUGUUUACGAAACAUAAUUUUGUUGUCAUCCUUCUGGAUCUCUGAGACUCAUGAAUGUGUACGAAUGUUCGAUGUAUCUCGAUUAUCUCAUGCUGGAAUCUCUCGAGAAAUCGUUUUUUUAAAUUGCAAAAAUUGGUUGUCAGUGAUGUCAGUGAUGAUUUUGUCCUUCGAAAAACUGACAAUAUCCGAUUAUUUCAUAAAUUCGUUCCAAUUCAGAAAAAACAUUUCAAUAAUUUCUUAUCUGAAUAAAAAAAUCUCCGCUCAGUCACGUCUCUGCGACAAAUACAAAACGAAACAAGCGUGAAAUUGGCAUUAACCUUGUUCGCUUUGGAGUUAAUUCUACAAGCGGAAAAACUCUGAAAAAAGGCACGUUUUUCUUAGCCACGAUCUUCCAUUCAAGGUUACGCCUCCAGAACGCAAUUCGCGCGAAGGAUCUGGUCCAGUGUGUAUAAAAUGACAAUCGUUCGAGCAUGCGAACGGCAGAACAGUUUAGUAAUUACACGAAACAAGUAAUUUUGCGAUUUAGCAGUGCACGCCAAUUGAACCGUCGACGGAAUUUAUUUAUCGAUCAUAAAAUCCAUUAAUAGAUCAAUAAAAAAAAAAAAAAAAAAAUGCCUGAAGAAACUGAAUGUGAAGACGUCGAUCGUCUGCUCCGAGAAACUUUCACCAAUGAAUUUCGAACCGGCUACAUAAAUCUUAAGGGAUUUUGUUUGCCAGCAUAUUACAAAAAAUUUGCCAAUUCUAUAGAAAACUUUGAAGUUCGCGAUGACGACGUCUGGGUCUGCAGUUUUCCAAAAAGUGGUACGACUUGGACUCAAGAGAUGGUCUGGUGCAUCGCUAAUAAUCUUGAUUUCGAAGCAGCAAAAGUAGUUCUUUCAGAGAGAUUCCCAUUUUUUGAACAUUCAGCACUGUUUGAUUACACGACCAUCUUGUCACGAAUGGACGGUUUUCAAUUUCCGGAAUUGGUAGAACAAAGCGUUUCGUACGUAGACAAAUUGCCGAGUCCGAGGUUCAUCAAAUCUCAUCUGCCCUUCGAUUUGUUACCUCGACAGAUACGCGAGGGUAUGAAAAAACCAAAAAUUAUUUACGUCGCGAGAAAUGCUAAAGACACUUGUAUCUCGUACUACAAUCACUGCAAACUGCUCGAAGGAUAUCAUGGAAAUUUUGAGGACUUUUGUACACUUUUCCUGGCUGGAAAACUUUGCUUCGCUCCGUUUUGGAAACACGUUCUUGGCUUUUGGACCAAGAGGAACAACGAAAAUGUUUUAUUCCUCAAGUACGAAGAUAUGAAGGAAGAUCUUGCUUCGGUGAUCCGUGAAACUGCUCAUUUUCUUGGAAAGUCAAAAGAUGGGACAUAUGACAACGACGAGAAAAUGCAACCGUUACUGGAGCAUCUGAGCUUCGAAAGCAUGAAAAAUAAUUCUGCUGUUAAUUAUGAAGACGUAGUCGAUGUCAACAGAAAAUUGAAACUCAUUGAGGCUGACGGAAAAUUCAUGAGAAGUGGACAAAAAGAUCAGUGGAAGUCUCAAAUGGCUCAAGAAGUUAUUGAAAAAUUUGAUAACUUCACUCGUACGAAUUUCCAUCACACGGGACUUUCAUUUUUAUAAAAAGUCCUUGAACCAUGGUUUUUUUAAAAAAUUUGAUCAUAUUUUUGUCGAAAUGUAUACAUAAGAAAUGAAGAACAAAUAACAAUGAAAUGAGGUUUAUUUCGAAAAA